UUCACCCCCUGCCGCCUCGGGAAGCAAACUCACGACCCCACCCCCUGUGCCAUCCGAACUCGGGAAAGCAUGGCCUGUCCAACGUGAGAGCGAGCACAUCCGGGAUCCCGGAACUUCCUUUUGCCCUUAAAAAGUUUUUCUUCUUAUUUUGCAGGUUGGGAAGGGCUUCAACUUUUUAUUUAUGUUUUGGGGGUGGGUGGGGCUUAAACUCUUAAAAAGUGAUUAAUAGUAACAACUGUUUUUCUUUGUUUGCCCACCCCCCCAUCGGCCCCUGCCCCUUUAUCCUCUCCCGUCUACUCUACCCGGGCGGGAAUCGGUCCCACGAUGAAAUGAGGGAAAGCCCCGAGUGAUCCUGCGUGUCCCGUGUGGUCAGUGAGUCGCUGAGGGCAGAGGGCGGGCCGGGACCUGGGCUGGAGGCAAAGUGGUCCUCGGGCACCGCCUGCCUGGGGUUUAGGAGAACCGGCACCCCGCCGCAGCCAUGCUCUCCGGAAGGUAAAUCGCUCUCCCGGUCUUCCCGAUCGGGGCCUGAUUCCGAGAGAAGGCUCCCUCCGGGAAUGUAGGGCUCCUCUGCAGGGUUGUGGGUAUUGGGAUCCCGGGCAUUAAUCAGGUCUAACCACCGAGCCGGAAUAAUUAUCCGAUCUUAUUAUAUAUAUAUAUACCCCCUAGCCCUCUGCCAUCAUGAUCCUCCUUGGCAGCAGCAGUAGCCGCCUGAGGGUGAAAAUGUGGGUGAUGGGGAAGUUGGUCAUGACUCCGCUCUUUUUUCUCAUGGCUCCUUUGGGCAGCAGCUGCCCGCCCCCGGUAUACACUGUAGUUGAUUGCAGGGAAUCCCUGUACCUCGCCCCGUCCUUCUCGACCGAAUUUGCACUUUUCUCUUUGCUCACCACCAACUGUAAUCAAUAACAAGCACUGACAAUAGAUAGCAAUAGUGAAAUCUGAAAUAACUAAGUUAAUUAGCUACUACAGCCAUGGGUCUGGCUGGGUAACACCCGAUUGGAUAUUUCAGUUUCAUUCCCCUACCCGGUUUUGGUGUUUUGUUUUUGUUUUAUGUUUGUGUUUGGAAAGCAAGGAUCACAUUUCCCCCUUCCCACUCCUUUUCCUAACCUGUUUUCUAAAAAGGGAAAAACAAUCCGAAUGGAUGGUAGGGAUUUUUGGUCUGGUGUCAGCGCUGGCUUCUUGCACACCUAAGUCCCGAUAAUAGGCUUUUCCACUUCUCCCAAAGCCUUUCUUUCGGCAGUUGAGCCAAAUGUCUUUUCCAAAAAGUUAGUUUUUCUCCUCUUUCUUUUCUUCCUCCCCCUUUUCCAGUAUGACCUCAAGCGUUACUGUCCAACUAUGACCGGACAGCAGCUUUCGUUUCCUGACCCUGUAAUAUGACAGUUUGCUAAUAUUGCCAGAAGGUGCAGUUUGGGGGUUACAGUUGGGAUUUUAGCUAUUCAGUCAUAUUAGCAGGGGGAAAAAUGACUUGUUUCUGUUGUACUUGAGUCUUAAGAAAAAGUGCCCAUAGUUUAGUGACAAUUUCCAAAGGCUUUAGUACCACCUGUAUCUCAAAAUGGGGGACACAAACUCCCGGAAGAAACAAGCUCUGAACAGACUACGUGCUCAGCUUAGAAAGAAAAAAGAAUCUUUGGCUGACCAGUUUGACUUCAAGAUGUAUAUUGCCUUUGUAUUCAAGGAGAAGAAGAAAAAAUCGGCACUUUUUGAAGUGUCUGAAGUUAUACCAGUCAUGACAAAUAAUUAUGAAGAAAAUAUCCUGAAAGGGGUGCGAGAUUCCAGCUAUUCCUUGGAAAGUUCCAUAGAGCUUUUGCAGAAGGAUGUGGUGCAGCUCCACGCUCCUCGAUACCAGUCUAUGAGAAGGGAUGUCAUUGGCUGUACUCAGGAGAUGGAUUUCAUUCUUUGGCCUCGGAAUGACAUUGAAAAAAUUGUCUGUCUCCUGUUUUCUAGGUGGAAGGAAUCUGAUGAGCCUUUUAGGCCUGUUCAGGCCAAAUUUGAGUUUCAUCACGGUGACUAUGAAAAACAGUUUCUGCAUGUACUGAGCCGCAAGGACAAGACUGGAAUUGUUGUCAACAAUCCUAACCAGUCAGUGUUUCUCUUCAUUGACAGACAGCACUUGCAGACUCCAAAAAACAAAGCUACAAUCUUCAAGUUAUGCAGCAUCUGCCUCUACCUGCCACAGGAGCAGCUCACCCACUGGGCAGUCGGCACCAUAGAGGACCACCUCCGUCCUUACAUGCCAGACUGAAGCGCUGACCAGCCCGGGGAGAAGAUCGGAGAAUGCAGCAGCAAUGUUUUUCUUGUUUUCUUACCACUUUAUUCUUUCAGAAUUUAAGGGGGAAAAGGACUCACGCACAGAACACUAUGCAUUUUGAAACUUGUUCAUUUUGGAUUUUUAAAAAAAUCAUUUGUCUCAGAACUUUAAAAAAAAUUAGAAGUCUUCUGCACGGACUAUGUGAAAGAAGAUGCUUUGCAUAUUUGCUGCACUGCAUCAGCAUCUUGCUAAAAUGUGAAGUGAAAGGACUAUUGUGCACUGAAAUGCUUACAUGUAUCUGAAAGCACACGGCGACUCCUUUCUGACGGUCUUCCCAUUUGCGCUGGUCUUUGCCUCUUUGACACCUGUCAUCAGUAUUUAGAGGGUGAGAAGUGAAUGUAACAGGUAUAAAUAACAUUUUUUUAAACUUACUAGCUUUGCUGUAAUCACCAUUGUACCAGAGCACUGUCAGAUUCAUUCUAAUGACCAGAAGUGGUUGUUCCAUGUUUAAAAAAAGGACAACCACGGGAAAGAAAUCUUAAAUGAAAAGAAAGCACCGGGUAGGCAGUUUGCCUCCGUGUUGCUGGCCACGCUUGUUCUGGUACUCAUUAGUUCAUGGAUUUUAGUUUCCCAGUCUCUUUCCCCAAGUUGCUGUUAUUAAAGAGUAUUCUGCUGAGUGUAGACAGUUCUACACACGAAAGCAGAUCUGGAGUCUGAAGUAGCUAAUGCAGCUCUACAUGCAGCUAUAAACAAAUUCUUUCAUAGCUGCAGAAACCAUGAUAGAGGAUUUUCCUUAUUGGGGUUUUUUUUUUUUGUAUUAAAGAUGAGAUCAUAUUACAAAGAAAAAGUCAAUUGUGCAUAAAUACAGGUUUCUACACCAUAUUUAAAAGUUCGAGGGUUUUUUGGGAGUGGAGGAAAAAUGUUAUGAAAGUUGGGAUCUUAAAAUUGUAAAAAAAAAAGUGUCAAAACAGAAUUCAUGUUGUGCAAUGAACAUACAGAAAGACUACUGUAUAGGGUUUUUUGGUUCUGUUUUUUUUUUUUUCCUUUUAAAUGAAGAAAAGCUUUGCUUAAGGGUUGCAUACUUACUGGAGUAAAUCUGAAUGAUCCUCCUUUGGAGUACAACUAGUGCUUACUGGUUUCCAAUUGUAUUUAGCUUCUGGUUGGAAUUUGAAAAAAUGAAAACCUAAAUAAAAUAGGUGAAAGUUCCCUGACUGUUCAGGGGAAUACUUAAAAGCC